UUGAAACCAAUAAAUUCCCAAAUCCUUUGUCUCUCUCUCUCUCUCUCAAUCUCCAAUUCUCGGCGCUCUCAAGUCUGAAGGCUGAAUAUUGAGUCCAUAUCCUUGAAUUGAAGGUCCCUAUAUAUUUUUAUGCCAAAUAAAUCUAAUUGAUCCUGAAGGUCUUUAUAUCCUUGAAGGAAGCCAGUUAUUGCUGAAGGUUAUUAGAUAACAGCUAUCUCAAAUAUAUCACAUUGCCAUCAGGAUACUUGGAGAUAACUCAGAAAAACAUGUCAAAUUUUAACAUGAAUUCUUGUCAAUCUUCCUCAUGGAAAACCCGAAGCUCCUUACGAGGUCCUGUUGCCAUCUUUUGGGACAUUGAGAACUGUGCCGUGCCAAGUGAUAUGCGUUCAGAGGAUGUGGUCGGUAACAUUAGGAUGAGUUUACGAGCCCAUCCUACAAUUAAUAAACUAGUGAAAAUGUUUUCAGCAUAUGGAGAUUUUAGCGCAUUUUCGAGGCGACUAAAAAAGGGGUGUUAUAGGAUAGGUGUCCAACUCGUUCACGUUCCCAAUGAUGCUACCUCCAAGAAAACUUUGGUCGACAUGUUCCUUUUUGCUCUCGACAAUCGCCCACCCUCAUCAAUCUUGUUAAUCUCGGGAGACGGAGAUUUUGCUCCUGCACUUCAUGUACUAGGUCAACGUGGAUACACUAUUAUCCUUGUUAUUCCAUCAAGGGUGGGAGUCUCAUCGGCUCUGAGUAAUGCAAGUCAGUUUAUAUGGGAUUGGUCUAGUAUGGCUCAUGGACAUGGAUUUGUGCUGCAGGCUAAUGCAAAUGUUGCUUGGUUUCCAGUGGAAUGCUCAAUGAACAAAAGUAUAGACAAUUCGAAAAGUUAUUAUAGCAUGUCAAAUUUUAACAUAAAUUCCUGUCAAUCUUCCUCAUGGAAAAUCCAAAGGCUCCUUACAGGGUUCUAUUGCCAUCUAUUGGGACGUCAACGUGGAUACACUAUUAUCCUUGUUAUUCCAUCGAGGGUGGGAGUCUCGUCGGCUCUGAGUAAUGCAAGUCGGUUUCUAUGGGAUUGGUCUAGUGUGGCUCGUGGGCAUGGAUUUUUGCCACAGGCUCGUACAAAUGUUGCUUGGUUUCCAGUGAUGUCAGAUUCUACAUUUGAAUGUAAUGAUAAUUUAGUAUCAGAAUCUAUGACUUCGACAUCACAAAGUCUUACAUGUACCUUGGACAAAGUUUCAGCAGGUGCACUUGCUUCUAGUGACCAGAAUGACUUGACCCGGGUACAACGGAGGGAUCUAAAUGCUUUGCGGGGACAACUCGUAAAGUUGCUUGAAUUGUCAGGGGGAUGUUUACCUCUAAUCCGGCUUCCUGUAGUAUACCACAAAAUGUACGGAAGGUCUCUUUGUGUUUUCAAAUAUGGGAAUUCGAAACUUUCAAGACUUCUAAAAAAGAUGGAUGAUUUGAUGACUGUCCAAGAAAACAUAGAGACAAAGUCGUCUUCCUUUGUAAUUCAAGAUCCAGACCAUGCGUAGAUUAAAGGUUUUUGUAGACUCCGGUGGACAAGAAAUUCACAAUGUACAUCGUCUACAUGAAGUUGUAUGAUUGAUUGUGAAACACAGCCAUAUUAUAAAUUAGAUCUUAUUCAUGAACGUGUCACGCAUAUAAUAAUUUGGCCAAACACAUUUUCGAUUUAAA